AUGAAAAUAAGGGCGGGAGAGACCCUCCAUAGUUACGCCAGCUGGUAUUGGGAGCUAUACAAUGAGAUAGGUGGGGAUAACGAAAGGGUCGCAGUAAGCACUUUUAGGAUAGGGUUGCCCGAGGAUUCCGGGCUACGAGAGUCAUUGACCAAGAAGCCUCCCGAAGGCAUGCGGCAGCUUAUGAGACGCAUUGAGGAAUAUAAGCGAUUAGAGGAUGACCGGCUGCAGAGCAAAGGUAAAGCACCAAUGAUGAAUCGUCCCCGGCAAACUGGUUUUUCGUUCAGAUCUCAGGGGGGUCUGACGAUUCAAGAGCCGACCACACAAAUGGGAGAAGUGACGUUUAAGGAACCGGUACACAGGAUUCUUGAUCGGAUCAAACACAAGCCGUAUUUUCGAUGGCUGAAUAAGAUGAGAGGGGACCCAUUCAGGAGGAAUCAGAAUCUGUACUGCCCUUAUCACUGGGACAAAGGUCACACUACCAAACAGUACCGGGUGUUGAAGGAUCACCUAGGGCAAUUAGUCAAGGCCGGACAUUUAAAGGAUUUCAUGCUGGACUCGAGGGACAGAAUUGCAGGGCAAGAUACUCGACAAAGGGGAAACCCUCUCCCACCCCUUGUAGGGGUGAUUGAAGUUAUCCAUGUUGCCCCGGAAAAGCUCAGUGCAGGAAGAAAGAAAGGAGUGUUGACAGUAGUACCAAUAGAGGGUAACCUGGACCUACAGUUGCCAGGUAAGAAGAUGAAGUUUGCACGGGAACCAAUCUCAUUCGACGAUGACGAUUUUGAGGGGACGAUCCAACCACAUGAUGACGCAUUAGUGAUCAAGGGCCUGGAUAAAUGGCUUCUUAGUAAAAAGGGUAAUGGUAGACCAAGGAAGUGGGGUUGA